GGGGCGGGCUCCGGGCCUCGGGCGGACGAUGCGGCGGCGCGGCCGGAGCGGCGGCGGGAAGCGGAGGCGGAGGUGACGCGCUCCGGCCGGCGGGCCGGGCCAUGCAGCGCUCGCGGGCGGCCGCGGACGAGGCGGCUCUGCUCCUGGCCGGGCUGGGCCUGCGGGAGCUCGAGCCCGGCGGCGGCGGCGGCGGCGGCGGUGGCGGUGACUCUCCGGGCCGUGGCCGGCGGGGGCCGCGGCCCGGGCCGGGCGACGAGGCGGCCGCGACGCUGGGCCGCAGAGGCCAGGGCGGCGGCCCCGAGGCCGGCGGCGCCGACGGCCUGAGCCGCGGCGAGCGAGGCCCGCGGCGCGCGGCCGCCCCCGAGCUGGGCGCGCCGCCCGCCAGCAGCCCCCGGGCCAGCCUGGCGGGCUCGGACGGCAGCGCCCGCUCCAGCGGCAUCAGCCUGGGCUACGACCAGCGCCACGGCAGCCCGCGCUCCGGCCGCUCGGACCUGCGCCCGGGCCCCGGGCCGCCGUCGGGGGGCAGCGCGCGCUCCAGCGUGUCCAGCCUGGGCUCCCGCGGCUCGGCCGGCGCCUACGCCGACCUGCUGGCGCCCGCGCGCUCCCCGGAGCCCGGCGGCCCGGGGAUGCCCUUCGCGCUGCCGUCGCUCCCGCUGCCCCCGGGCCGCGAGGCCGGCCCCAGCUCGGCGGAGCGGCGGCUCGAGGCGCUCACCCGGGAGCUGGAGCGGGCGCUGGAGGCGCGCUCGGCGCGGGACUACUUCGGCAUCUGCAUCAAGUGUGGGCUUGGCAUCUACGGAGCACGUCAGGCCUGCCAGGCGAUGGGGGGCCUGUAUCACACCGACUGCUUCACCUGUGACUCCUGCGGGAGACGGCUUCGCGGGAAGGCCUUCUACAAUGUGGGCGAGAAGGUGUACUGCCGGGAGGACUUCCUGUACUCUGGGUUCCAGCAAACGGCCGACAAGUGCAGUGUGUGUGGUCACCUCAUCAUGGAGAUGAUCCUGCAGGCGCUUGGCAAGUCCUACCACCCGGGCUGCUUCCGGUGCUCGGUGUGUAACGAGUGCCUGGACGGGGUGCCCUUCACGGUGGACGUGGAGAACAACAUCUACUGCGUCCGAGACUACCACACGGUCUUUGCACCAAAGUGUGCCUCCUGCGCCCGCCCCAUCCUCCCCGCCCAGGGCUGCGAGACGACCAUCCGGGUGGUGUCCAUGGACAGGGACUACCACGUGGAGUGCUACCACUGCGAGGACUGCGGGCUGCAGCUGAGCGGAGACGAUGGGCGCCGCUGCUACCCCCUGGAGGGUCACCUGCUGUGUCGCCGCUGCCACCUCCGGCGCCUCCGGCCAGGCCCACUCCCCUCCCCCACUGUGCAGGUCACGGAGCUCUGAGCAGGGCGGCCGGCCUGGGGCCUGUGUGUCUGCGUGAGAGAUGUGAGGGAUGUGGGAUGUGUGUGGGGUGUGUACGACAGGCUUUGUGAUGUGAAGUGUGAGGGGUGUGUGAUGGGUUUUGUCAUACAUGUGUGUCUGUGUGUGUGUCUUAUGAGUUUGUGUGGUAUGUUUGUGUGUGGUGUGAGGGGUGUGUGUGUGGUGUGUGAGGGGUGUAUGUGUGUGAGGUAUGUGUUUGCGCGUGUGUGGAGAAUGAUGGGUUUAUGAGGUAUGUGUGUGUGUGUGUAUUGUGAAGGGUGUGUGUGUGUGUAUGGAGUGAAUGGAUUUGUGAGAUCUGAGGGGUGUGUGAUGGAUUUGUGUGGUAUGAGGGGGGUGUGUGUGUGUGUGGAGAGUGAUAGGUUUGUGUGGUGUGAGGAGUGUGUGGUAGGUUGCUCUGUGAGGAGUGUGUGUGUGGUGUGAGGGGUUUGUGUGGUGUGAGGGAUGUGUGUGGUGUGAGGGGAGUGUGUAUGGAGAAUGAUGGGUUUGUGCUGUGUGAAGUGUUUGGUGUGAGGGUGUGUGUGCGAGUGGAUUGCGAGGUCCGAGGUGUGUGUGCGCGCGCGUGUAUGGAUUGUGAGAUCUGAGGGGUGUGUGGUGGGUUUGUGUGGUGUGAGCGGUGUGUUUGUGUGUAAGUGCCCCAGGUCAGCGCUGCCUCCCUUCGCCCUCCCCACCCCUGCCACCGAGCUGCUGUCCGCAGGGGCCGGCCCCGCGAGAAGCUAUUCUAUUUAUUCACCGUCCGUGCCUCCUCCAGCCCCGCUGCCCCCUGGAUUGCACCUGCCUCCUGCCCUCCCGUGCCCCUGUCCCGGGGCCUCCUCCCCCAGCCCCUGGGGGCAGGCUCCCAGACCGUGUGGUUGGUGCAGGGUAGGGGGUGCCAGGGCCGCCAGCGGGGCCUGGCGGGGUGGCGGGGGCUCGAGUGUUUCUGCCUGCCCUGUGCCGUGUCUGUGCCUGGCAGGAAGGGGCCGAGGGAGGGUGGGUCACAGUAUGGGGUGAAGAACGUGGCCCUCGAGGGGUCUGCCUUUGGCGGCUGUGGGCCCCCAGGUUCUGGGGGUCCUUUCAGCCACACGCUUCACCCCUGGGACCCGACCUGGUCCCUACACUCCUUCCCUCUCUCACCUCGCCCCGCCUCAGCCAGAAAGGGAGUGGCAGGGGAGAACCUUCUGGGGCGUGUGUGUCCCCCGCCCCCCGCCGGGUCCAGAGUGGCCCCGGGAGUGUCCCACGCGCGAGCAGGGGGCGGGCGGGAGAACAGCGGCUGCGGGCAAGCACUGUGUACCAGGCUCCACGACCAAAGGAUCUGAGUUGACUUAAAUUAAGUUUUUCCUUUGAGAGUAUUUUCAUUUUCUUUAAAAGAAUAUAGUUUUCUUCUAAAAAUGUGGUUCACGGUUGUUAUUUCUUAGAGUGAAGUUCCAAGAAACUUAAUGUUCACUAGUAGAUCACGUGAGAGCUAGUUUUCAGAUAAAAAACAACUGUAGU